GUUUGAAAUACUAAGAAAUGCUGUGAGUUUUUUCUUGGUGAUAGUCAUUUUUUACAUCAUGCAGUACAUUUUUGACAUGCAUUUCUUAUGCUCUUGCAUACCAGGACUACAUGUAAAUGGUGUACUGUACCUGGUCCUCCCACCUUUCAUCCUCAUGUUUGUUGUCAACAUUCUUGAGCCUUUUCAGCUAAGAAAGGUUUUUUAUAGCAUGCAUUGUUUAACUUGUGAGGGCUACACCAGAAGUUUCGGAGGCUGUGUUGCUACGUCAAUUUUUAAGUAUGUCAGUCUGGCUGCUAUAUGGAUAGCCUCUGUUCUGUUUGAUGGAGACUGGUACUUUUGCCUGAUGACAAAUCUCAACCUGAAUCAGACUGGAAUCCCAUGCAAAGCAAAUUUUACCUAUGAGGAGCAACGCAUUCAACACAAAUACAUGAAGGAUUCAAAUGACUAUGCCCUUUAUGUCAUCUUUGGUUUUGUGUUUGUUUGGAGCAUCUAUGAAAUGCGAAGAGCUUUUUGUAGAUCAAGACACCAGUGUUGUCCUCCUUACUACAGCGUGGUUUAUGAAGAUCUUCUGGCAGAGGAAGUCAGCAGCCUUAUGAAUCAAAAGCUGAAAAACAUAGCAGCACAAAAGGCUAAAAUAAUCUGUAAGCUCUACCUUCAGAAUAUAAGGAGACAUGAACUGAUGGAACAAAAUGAAGAAGAUGUUGACAUUUCUGAUACUUGGAAGAUCAUUUCUGCCUCAGAUUUCUACUUGAUGGAAAAUGAAAAAUGUGAAUCAGCAGUGUAAUGGAAGGGAUCAAGUUGGACAGGACACAUG